AUGAGUGCCGUGUGCUCAAGUUACUACACUGUGGCGAAGGAGCUGGUGAGUGCGUUCACGUGUCCCAAAGCCGGUGGCGACGAGCGCGCACAGUUCUGCUGCGGCUUUAACGAUAUUAAAUACUGCUGUGAUGAUCCCAACAGCUUCUUUCCCUAUGAGUAUGGAUACAUGUGGUGGCUCAGUAUUGGUGCUCUCGUAGGUCUGUCCGUAGCUGCGGUUGUUCUCGUGGCCUUCCUUGUCACUGUUUGUGCUCUCUGCAUCCUCUUUAUCAGCACUAAACCCAGUCGGCUGGACAGCGGCCUUCCUCUCGGCGAAGCGGGUUGUGAGCCGAGUUCUAUUCCCAACCAUUCCGACGGACCGCACGUUUUCCGCAAACAUUUCCCAUGUAGCAAACUUGACUGUGUUGAGCAGAAGGCCGAGCCCGAGCAACUGUUUCAGCCCUGCUUCAGGGUCACCAUGGCCCAAGUGAAUGCUGAACGGCCCUCGUAGGAACCGUGUCCACGGGCAGUUACCCUGCCUUUUUGAAGGGACUACCUGCUGAAUCUUGUGAAGAAAUCUCCCCUUUGUGUUUGUAU